AUGAACAUAAUUAUGCUAGUGAGCAAGGGCAAGCAGGUGAUCAAACAUCCUUUGAUACCAACACCUUUGGUUAUCAAGAGCAAGCAGGUGAUCAAACAUCCUUUGAUACCAACACCUUUGGUUAUCGAGAGCAAGCAGGUGAUCAAACAUCUUUUGAUACCAACACCUUUGGUUAUCAAGAGCAAGCAGGUGAUCAAACAUCCUUUGAUACCAACACCUUUGGUUAUCGAGAGCAAGCAGGUGAUCAAACAUCCUUUGAUACCAACACCUUUGGUUAUCGAGAGCAAGCAGGUGAUCAAACAUCUUUUAUAUCAACAGUUCCAGUGA